CUCGCCCUCUCUGUCUGUGUGUAAGAGAGCGAGGGUGGGGGACGGAGGCAGGCAGGCGAGCAGGCAGGGAGGGGAAGAAGAGGAGGGAAGCUAUUAAACACACACACUCACACACACGCGCGCGCACACACCCGCCCCAACCCCCCCAGAAGCCUCGGGAUUGCAGCUGUUUCAUGUGGGGCAGCAGUGCUGGCAGGGACGCCGGCCGGGAGCGGCCGGGAGCGGGAGCCGGGCGUGCGCGCGCGGCUGGAGCCUCGCUGGGGCUCCGCUCCCCUCGGGAGCUAUUGUUGGUCUCGCUGGAGCUGAGCGCAGAGCCGGGACCCGCUCCUUCCUGGGCGCCCUGCUCCGGCUCGCGGAGCCGAGGAGCCGCGCCGCCGAGCGCCAGAGGAGCCACCCGCGCGGCGCCGAGCCUCCCUGCCGCCCUCCUCCCCGCUUCCCCGGCGGUGGCAGCCUGCAGCCACGAUGGAAAAACUGAGACUCAGAGAGGGCUAGUGAUCUCCCGGACAGUUGGUCAGUAGAAAGGAUCCUGCCUUGUCCUCCAGGAUCCGAUGGCCCUGGAGAGAGGGCUGCAGGGCCCAGGGACACUGCUGACUCUUCAGAACGUGCUGACAUGGAGCCAGACCACUCGGCCCUGAGUGCCGCGAGGACCCUGUUCGUGGAUGUGGAGGAGCGCGGGCCGGAGGCCAUGGACGUGAAGGAGAGAAAGCCGUACCGUUCGCUGACCCGGCGCCGCGACGCCGAGCGCCGCUACACCAGCUCGUCGGCGGACAGCGAGGAGGGCAAGGUUCCGCAGAAGUCCUACAGCUCCAGCGAGACCCUGAAGGCCUACGACCAGGACGCGCGCCUGGCCUAUGGCGGCCGCGUCAAGGACAUGGUGCCGCAGGAGGCGGAGGAGUUCUGCCGCGCAGGAGCCAACUUCAGCCUGCGGGAGCUGGGGCUGGGAGAGGUGACGCCCCCUCACGGGACCCUGUACCGGACAGACAUAGGCCUCCCGCACUGCGGCUACUCCAUGGGGGCCAGCUCCGACGCCGAUGUGGAGGCCGACACCGUGCUGUCCCCUGAGCACCCCGUGCGGCUGUGGGGCCGCAGCACACGGUCGGGGCGCAGCUCCUGCCUGUCCAGCCGGGCCAACUCCAACCUCACGCUCACCGACACGGAGCAUGAGAACACCGAGACUGAUCACCCAGGCGGCCUGCAGAACCACCCGCGGCUCCGGACGCCGCCGCCGCCGCUCUCGCACGCCCACACCCCCAACCAGCACCACGCGGCCUCCAUCAACUCCCUGAACCGGGGCAACUUCACUCCGAGGAGCAACCCCAGCCCGGCCCCCACGGACCCCUCGCUCUCGGGAGAGCCCCCCGCCGGCGGCGUCCAGGAGCCGGCCCACGCCCAGGACAACUGGCUGCUCAACAGCAACAUCCCCCUGGAGACCAGAAACCUAGGCAAGCAGCCAUUCCUAGGGACAUUGCAGGACAACCUCAUUGAGAUGGACAUUCUCAGCGCCUCCCGCCAUGAUGGGGCUUACAGUGACGGGCACUUCCUCUUCAAGCCAGGAGGCACCUCGCCACUCUUCUGCACCACGUCGCCAGGGUACCCUCUGACGUCCAGCACGGUGUACUCCCCCCCGCCCCGGCCCCUGCCCCGCAGCACCUUCGCCCGGCCGGCCUUCAGCCUCAAGAAGCCCUCCAAGUAUUGUAACUGGAAGUGUGCGGCCCUGAGCGCCCUUGUGCUCUCCGCCACGCUGGUCAUCCUGCUGGCGUACUUCGUGGCCAUGCACCUGUUUGGCCUAAACUGGCACCUGCAGCCGAUGGAGGGGCAGAUGUAUGAGAUCACGGAGGACACAGCCAGCAGUUGGCCUGUGCCAACGGACGUCUCCCUGUAUCCAUCAGGGGGCACUGGGUUAGAGAUCCCUGACAGGAAAGGCAAAGGAGCCACAGAAGGAAAGCCCAGUAGUUUCUUUCCAGAGGACAGUUUUAUAGACUCUGGAGAAAUCGACGUGGGGAGACGGGCUUCCCAGAAGAUUCCUCCUGGCACUUUCUGGAGAUCUCAGGUGUUCAUAGACCAUCCUGUGCAUCUGAAAUUCAAUGUGUCUCUGGGAAAGGCAGCUCUGGUUGGCAUUUAUGGCAGAAAAGGCCUUCCUCCUUCACAUACACAGUUUGACUUUGUAGAGCUGCUGGAUGGAAGAAGGCUCCUGACCCAGGAGGCACGGAGCCUGGAGGGACCUCAGCGCCAAUCUCGGGGAGUCGUCCCCCCAUCUAGUCAUGAGACCGGCUUCAUCCAGUAUUUGGAUUCAGGAAUCUGGCACCUGGCUUUUUACAAUGACGGAAAGGAGUCUGAAGUGGUUUCUUUUCUCACCACUGCCGUUGAGUCGGUGGAUAACUGUCCCAGCAACUGCUAUGGCAACGGGGACUGCAUCUCUGGGACCUGCCACUGCUUCCUGGGCUUCCUGGGCCCCGACUGUGGCAGAGCCUCCUGCCCCGUGCUGUGUAGCGGAAACGGCCAGUACAUGAAGGGCCGGUGCCUGUGCCACAGCGGCUGGAAGGGCGCCGAGUGCGACGUGCCCACCAGCCAGUGCAUCGACGUGGCCUGCAGCAACCACGGCACCUGCAUCAUGGGCACCUGCAUCUGCAACCCCGGCUACAAGGGCGAGAGCUGUGAGGAAGUGGACUGCAUGGACCCCACGUGUUCAGGCCGGGGUGUGUGUGUGAGAGGCGAGUGCCACUGCUCCGUGGGAUGGGGAGGCACCAACUGUGAGACGCCCAGGGCCACGUGCUUGGACCAGUGUUCGGGCCACGGAACCUUCCUCCCAGACACCGGCCUUUGCAGCUGUGACCCAAGCUGGACAGGACACGACUGUUCUAUCGAGAUCUGUGCUGCCGACUGUGGGGGCCACGGUGUCUGCGUGGGGGGCACCUGCCGCUGCGAAGAAGGCUGGAUGGGGGCAGCCUGCGACCAGCGGGCCUGCCACCCACGCUGUGCCGAGCACGGGACCUGCCGCGAUGGCAAGUGUGAGUGCAGCCCCGGCUGGAACGGCGAGCACUGCACCAUCGCGCACUAUCUGGAUAGGGUAGUUAAAGAGGGUUGCCCUGGCUUGUGCAACGGCAAUGGCAGAUGUACCCUGGACCUGAAUGGCUGGCACUGCGUCUGCCAGCUGGGCUGGAGAGGAGCGGGCUGUGACACAUCCAUGGAAACCGCCUGUGGUGAUAGCAAAGACAACGAUGGAGAUGGCUUGCUGGACUGCAUGGACCCUGACUGUUGCCUCCAGCCCCUCUGCCAUGUCAACCCGCUGUGCCUGGGCUCCCCCGACCCUCUGGACAUCAUCCAGGAGACACAGGCCCCCGCGUCCCAGCAGAACCUGCACUCCUUCUACGACCGCAUCAAGUUCCUUGUGGGCAGGGACAGCACGCACAUCAUUCCCGGGGAGAGCCCCUUUGACGGAGGGCAUGCUUGUGUCAUUCGUGGUCAAGUGAUGACGUCAGAUGGGACCCCACUGGUUGGUGUGAAUAUCAGCUUCGUCAAUAACCCUCUCUUUGGAUACACAAUCAGCAGGCAAGAUGGCAGCUUUGACCUGGUCACAAACGGCGGCAUCUCCAUCAACCUCCGGUUCGAGCGGGCACCUUUCAUCACACAGGAGCACACCCUCUGGCUGCCUUGGGAUCGCUUCUUUGUCAUGGAAACCAUCAUCAUGCGCCACGAAGAGAAUGAGAUUCCCAGCUGUGACCUGAGCAACUUCGCCCGCCCCAACCCUGUCGUGUCCCCGUCCCCACUGACGUCCUUCGCCAGGUCCUGUGCAGAGAAAGGCCCCAUCGUUCCAGAAAUUCAGGCUUUGCAGGAGGAAAUCGCUAUCUCUGGCAGCAAGAUGAGGCUGAGCUACCUGAGCAGCCGUACCCCUGGCUACAAGUCUGUCCUGAGGAUCAGCCUCACCCACCCUACCAUCCCCUUCAACCUCAUGAAGGUGCACCUCAUGGUGGCCGUUGAGGGCCGCCUCUUCAGGAAGUGGUUUGCUGCAGCCCCGGACUUGUCCUAUUAUUUCAUCUGGGACAAGACAGACGUCUACAACCAGAAGGUGUUUGGGCUCUCGGAAGCCUUUGUUUCUGUGGGCUAUGAGUAUGAAUCCUGCCCAGAUCUGAUCCUCUGGGAAAAAAGAACAGCUGUGCUGCAGGGCUAUGAAAUCGAUGCUUCCAAGCUGGGAGGAUGGAACCUGGACAAACAUCAUGCCCUCAACAUCCAAAGUGGCAUCUUGCACAAAGGGAAUGGGGAGAACCAGUUUGUGUCUCAGCAGCCACCUGUCAUCGGGAGCAUCAUGGGCAAUGGGCGCCGGAGAAGCAUCUCCUGCCCCAGCUGCAAUGGCCUUGCUGAUGGCAAUAAGCUCCUGGCCCCCGUGGCCCUCACGUGUGGCUCCGACGGGAGCCUCUAUGUGGGAGACUUCAACUACAUCCGAAGGAUCUUCCCUUCUGGGAAUGUCACCAACAUCCUGGAGUUGAGAAAUAAAGAUUUCAGACAUAGCCAUAGCCCAGCGCAUAAAUACUACCUGACCACGGACCCCAUGAGCGGGGCUGUCUUCCUCUCGGACACCAACAGCCGGCGGGUCUUUAAGAUCAAGUCCACCGUGGUCGUGAAGGACCUUGUCAAGAACUCCGAGGUGGUCGCGGGGACAGGUGACCAGUGCCUCCCCUUCGAUGACACUCGAUGCGGGGAUGGUGGCAAGGCCACCGAGGCCACACUUACCAACCCCAGAGGCAUCACGGUGGACAAGUCUGGGCUGAUUUACUUCGUGGAUGGCACCAUGAUCAGACGCAUUGAUCAGAACGGGGUCAUCUCCACCCUGCUGGGCUCCAAUGAUCUUACCUCGGCCCGGCCCCUCAGCUGUGACUCUGUCAUGGAUAUUUCUCAGGUUCGCCUGGAGUGGCCCACCGACUUAGCCAUCAACCCGAUGGACAACUCCCUCUACGUCCUUGACAACAAUGUGGUCCUGCAGAUCUCUGAAAACCACCAGGUGCGCAUCGUUGCUGGGAGACCUAUGCACUGCCAGGUCCCCGGCAUUGACCACUUCCUGCUGAGCAAGGUGGCCAUCCACGCAACCCUGGAGUCAGCUGCCGCCUUGGCUGUCUCACACAAUGGGGUCCUGUACAUUGCCGAGACCGACGAGAAGAAGACCAACCGCAUCAGGCAGGUCACCACCAGCGGAGAGAUCUCCCUGGUUGCGGGGGCCCCCAGUGGCUGUGACUGUAAAAACGAUGCCAACUGUGACUGUUUCUCGGGAGACGCCGGCUAUGCCAAGGACGCAAAGCUGAAUACGCCAUCUUCCUUGGCUGUGUGUGCCGACGGGGAGCUCUAUGUGGCUGACCUGGGGAAUAUCAGAAUUCGGUUUAUCAGGAAGAACAAGCCCUUUCUCAACACCCAGAACAUGUAUGAGCUGUCCUCGCCCAUUGACCAGGAGCUCUACCUGUUUGAUACCAGUGGAAAGCAUCUGUACACCCAAAGUCUGCCCACAGGCGACUACCUGUACAACUUCACCUACACGGGGGAUGGUGAUGUCACACUCAUCACUGACAACAACGGCAACAUGGUGAACGUCCGCCGGGACUCUACCGGAAUGCCCCUCUGGCUGGUGGUCCCAGAUGGCCAAGUGUACUGGGUGACCAUGGGCACCAACAGCGCACUCAAGAGCGUGACCACACAAGGACAUGAGUUGGCCAUGAUGACAUACCAUGGCAACUCUGGCCUUCUGGCAACCAAAAGCAAUGAAAAUGGAUGGACAACAUUUUAUGAGUAUGACAGCUUUGGCCGCCUGACAAAUGUGACCUUCCCUACUGGCCAGGUGAGCAGUUUCCGAAGUGAUACAGACAGCUCAGUGCAUGUCCAAGUAGAGACCUCCAGCAAGGAUGAUGUCACCAUAACCACCAACCUGUCUGCUUCGGGUGCCUUCUAUACACUGUUGCAAGACCAGGUCCGGAAUAGCUACUACAUCGGGGCUGACGGCUCCCUGCGGCUGCUGCUGGCCAAUGGCAUGGAGGUGGCGCUGCAGACCGAGCCCCACCUGCUGGCGGGCACCGUCAACCCCACCGUGGGCAAGAGGAACGUCACACUGCCCAUUGACAACGGCCUGAACCUGGUGGAGUGGCGGCAGCGCAAGGAGCAGGCUCGGGGCCAGGUCACUGUGUUCGGGCGCCGGCUGCGGGUUCACAACCGGAACCUCCUGUCCCUGGACUUUGACCGUGUGACCCGCACUGAGAAGAUCUAUGACGACCACCGCAAGUUCACUCUCCGGAUCCUGUAUGACCAGGCAGGGCGGCCCAGCCUCUGGUCACCCAGCAGCAGGCUGAACGGCGUCAACGUGACGUACUCCCCCGGGGGCCAUAUUGCUGGCGUCCAGAGAGGCAUCAUGUCGGAGAGGAUGGAAUACGACCAAGCGGGUCGUAUCACAUCCAGGAUCUUUGCUGACGGGAAGACGUGGAGCUACACAUACUUAGAGAAGUCCAUGGUGCUGCUCCUCCACAGCCAGAGGCAGUAUAUCUUUGAGUUCGACAAGAACGACCGCCUCUCCUCUGUGACGAUGCCCAACGUGGCCCGGCAGACCCUAGAGACCAUCCGGUCCGUGGGCUACUACAGGAACAUCUACCAGCCACCCGAGGGCAACGCCUCAGUCAUCCAGGACUUCAGCGAGGACGGGCACCUCCUCCACACCUUCUACCUGGGCACAGGCCGCAGGGUCAUCUACAAGUAUGGCAAACUGUCAAAGCUGGCUGAGAUGCUGUAUGACACCACCAAGGUGAGCUUCACCUAUGACGAGACAGCAGGCAUGCUGAAGACCAUCAACCUACAGAACGAGGGCUUCACCUGCACCAUCCGCUACCGCCAGAUUGGGCCCCUGAUCGACCGCCAGAUCUUCCGCUUCACCGAAGAAGGCAUGGUCAAUGCUCGUUUUGACUAUAACUAUGACAACAGCUUCCGGGUGACCAGCAUGCAGGCUGUGAUCAAUGAGACCCCGCUGCCCAUCGAUCUCUAUCGCUAUGAUGACGUGUCAGGCAAGACAGAGCAGUUCGGGAAGUUUGGGGUCAUCUACUAUGACAUUAACCAGAUCAUCACUACGGCGGUCAUGACCCACACCAAACACUUUGACGCGUAUGGCCGGAUGAAGGAAGUGCAAUAUGAGAUUUUCCGCUCCCUCAUGUACUGGAUGACUGUCCAGUAUGACAACAUGGGGCGAGUAGUGAAGAAAGAGUUGAAGGUGGGACCCUAUGCCAAUACCACCCGCUACUCCUAUGAGUAUGACGCUGACGGCCAGCUCCAGACGGUCUCCAUCAACGACAAGCCACUCUGGCGAUACAGCUAUGAUCUCAAUGGGAACCUGCACUUACUGAGCCCCGGGAACAGUGCGCGGCUUACCCCACUAAGGUACGACCUCCGAGACCGCAUCACUAGGCUGGGUGACGUGCAGUACAAGAUGGACGAGGAUGGCUUCCUGAGGCAGCGGGGCGGGGAUGUCUUCGAGUACAACUCUGCUGGCCUGCUCAUCAAGGCGUACAACCGGGCCGGUGGCUGGAGCGUCAGGUACCGCUACGAUGGCCUGGGGCGGCGGGUGUCCAGCAAGAGCAGCCCCAACCACCACCUGCAGUUCUUCUAUGCAGACCUGACCAACCCCACCAAGGUCACCCACCUUUACAACCACUCCAGCUCCGAGAUCACAUCCCUCUACUACGAUCUGCAGGGGCACCUCUUUGCUAUGGAGCUGAGCAGUGGUGACGAGUUUUACAUAGCUUGUGACAACAUCGGGACCCCUCUUGCUGUCUUCAGUGGAACAGGCUUGAUGAUCAAGCAGAUUCUGUACACGGCCUACGGGGAGAUCUACAUGGACACCAACCCCAACUUCCAGAUCAUCAUCGGCUACCACGGUGGCCUCUACGAUCCACUCACCAAGCUCAUCCACAUGGGCCGGCGGGAUUAUGACGUGCUGGCUGGUCGCUGGACCAGCCCAGACCACGAGCUGUGGAAGCACCUUAGUAGCAGCAACAUCAUGCCUUUUAAUCUCUACAUGUUUAAAAACAACAACCCCAUCAGCAACUCUCAGGACAUCAAGUGCUUCAUGACAGAUGUGAACAGUUGGCUCCUCACCUUUGGAUUCCAGCUGCACAACGUGAUUCCCGGCUACCCCAAGCCAGACAUGGAUGCCAUGGAACCAUCCUACGAGCUCAUCCACACACAGAUGAAAACUCAGGAAUGGGACAACAGCAAGUCUAUCCUUGGGGUACAGUGUGAAGUGCAGAAGCAGCUCAAGGCCUUCGUCACCCUGGAACGUUUUGACCAGCUCUACGGCUCCACGAUCACCAGCUGCCAACAGGCCCCCGAGACAAAGAAGUUUGCAUCCAGUGGCUCGGUUUUCGGCAAGGGGGUCAAGUUUGCCUUGAAGGAUGGCCGAGUGACCACAGACAUCAUCAGUGUGGCCAACGAGGAUGGGCGGAGGGUCGCUGCCAUCUUGAACAAUGCCCACUACCUAGAGAACCUGCACUUCACCAUUGACGGGGUGGACACCCACUACUUCGUGAAGCCAGGGCCUUCAGAAGGCGACCUGGCCAUCCUGGGCCUCAGUGGGGGGCGGCGAACCCUGGAGAAUGGGGUCAAUGUCACCGUGUCCCAGAUCAACACGAUGCUCAAUGGCAGGACUAGACGCUACACAGACAUCCAGCUCCAGUACGGGGCGCUGUGCUUGAGCACUCGCUACGGGACGACGUUGGACGAGGAGAAGGCACGGGUGCUGGAGCUGGCCCGGCAGAGAGCCGUGCACCAGGCGUGGGCCCGUGAGCAACAGCGACUUCGGGAAGGGGAGGAAGGCCUGCGGGCCUGGACGGAGGGGGAGAAGCAGCAGGCACUGAACACAGGGCGGGUUCAAGGCUAUGAUGGCUUCUUCGUCAUCUCCGUGGAGCAGUACCCAGAACUGUCAGACAGCGCUAACAACAUCCACUUCAUGAGACAGAGCGAGAUGGGCCGGAGGUGACAGAGAGGACUCCGGCCUGCACUUCUUGCCAAAGACAGCUACUCUUUUGUGGCCACACACCUGACUGGGUUGUACUUUAAAAAAAAAAAAAAAAGAAAGAAAGAAAGAAAGAAAGAAAAGAAAAGAAAAAAGAAAAGAAAAGAAAAAAAAAAGAAAAAUCCUUUUUUUAACAAGUGCAGAAAACAAACAAAAAUACUGGUUGCAUUGUAACUCAUGCAACAUCCUUUUUUUUAAGAAAAGAAAAACACAAAUUUGGCCUUCACACAUUUUUUGCAAAGAACAGAGGGUAUUUUUUUUUCUGUAGUGUGAUCACAAUGAAAACCUUAUUGUCUCUUGUUCCCUUUUUCCUUGAGGAUUUUUCCCUGUUGUUGGGGUACAUUUCUCCUCUCUGAGACACAUCUUCUGAGGUGUGUCCUUGUCUGUCUCUAGGUACCCGGUGUGAUGUGAGACACAGUGUCUGUGCUAAUUUGUCUCAUGUGCAACCCUUUCUUCCGUGGGGGUCGGGCAGGAGUGCGGGGUGCAGUCAUGGGCUAGUACCAAACUUCCGAGGGGAGCCUGGAAGGAGGGUCUGCAGGACCUGAGGAUUUUUGGCUCAGCUCCCACAGACAAGUGGUGGCUUUUUUACUCACCGUGUUCUGUGCCUCUGGAGGACCAUGGACGUCUUCAUCUCUCUCUGGGGAAUUUUGUGAUAUCAUUCAGCACCUUUUUCAAGCUGUCCCCAGCUCCUGUCCAAGCUUUAUAUUUUGAUGCUAAAUGGAACCCACAACCCCUUUUGCAAAUCCUGUGUAGUUGUUGGUGCCAGCCCCAUGCUGGGAUGGAGAAAGCAUUCCCCAGGUCCCUUCCCCCCAGUCUGGUGACAUAACAUCCUGGGGCUAAGAGCCUCAUCCUCCCCAAGAGGGAGAGGCACCCAGGAUGUCUGUGGUUGGUCGGUCUUCCCAUGAUGUUCCUUAUUAUUCAUCUCUUCCUCUCUCCCAAAGUCAGAUGUGAGAACCAGCACUGCCCGGCAAGCCCACCACGUGGGCACAAGGUCCAGGGAGGGGCAGGCCACCCUCGGCAAAAGGAUGGCAGUCGUAGCAAAGAUACCAGCCUGCCUUCCUGGGUGAAACUUUCUCCCCAUGGCUUGGGGUAUCUUCCCUCCACUGCUCAGCUCCACCACUGAGAAACAGGAAUGUGGAGAGAGGUGCUUGGUGGCCUUUGAUUCUGGAAAGAGACUUAAGAAACAGUCAGCCAAAGAGAGGAAGGCAUAAGCCAAGCAUCUUCUAACCAGCUCCUGAAGGCUUCUCUGCCUCCCACUCACGGGCCAGUAACAUAGUGGGGGUGCAGCAGCUUAGGUGUUCCGGAAUUCCUUCUGUGAAAUUCUUCUAAAACAGCUUCCCCUCUAGAGGAGUCUGUCCAGGGUUUUAAAGAGAGACUGAGGAGAAAGGAGGACAGAGCUAAUCCGGCGUGACCUGGCCGCGUCAUCCAGCCCCUGCCCCCCCUGCUGCCCCCGGGCUGGGCCCAGUUCCUGAGGCCGAUGCCUGCAGAGCAGGCAGGCCAGGCUACAGUUGUCCCUGUGGAGACCCAGGCCUGAGGUCAUUGGGAAGAGGCAUUCGCCCACUGGGGAAUGGGCACAACCCGCCCCUGGAGGGCCUGCCCGGGGAAAGGCUGCAGCCAACCGGCCAGGGAAGCAUUGAGGGGAGGGGAAAGUAGCAGCAAGAGUUAGGAGCUCCUCGCUCCUGGUUCAUCCGCCUAAUUACGAUCAUCAUUACCACUCAUAGGAGGUUCUGGGAGACCAGGAGGGGAAGCCAAAUGCUUCCUUUUGAGCUGGGCUUCUUAGAAAAUGGGACUUUUAUGGGUUACAUUUACAUUAAGUGUGGAAAAUGAAUUCUGAGUCUGAGCUACCCCCCCGUGGGGACCUUGUUGGACUGAUAAGCUCAUGGCACCUUUAUAGCCUUACUCACAGAGUCUUCAGAAUAUUACACGAGUUAAUGAAACCAAGAAAGUCUUUACUGCAUGAGAAUUGGAGCAGCGUGUAGCCUGGUUUCCGCCUGGCAGAGGGAGGCAUCCACAGCUUCUCGGGAGAGGAGGUUUCGCCUUACGUCAUUCCACCGGGAUUAGAGGAUAUGUUUCGCUAAGUGCUCUUCCUGUUUCCAAAAGAAGUCACAUGGCUGCGACAGUGCACCUUGGCCUGUUGGUCCACUGGGUCCAGAGCGCUGCUGAGUCAGAUGUGGUGCUCCUCGGGCCCACUGCGUGGUUCCUGGGAGCUGGUGGUGGGCUCCCAUCAGGCAUAAUCGUUCUUGGAUGGGAGGGACAGCAGUUUGGCCUGAAGAACACGUUUUUUUUUUAAUCCAAAAUAGACUUCUGCCUCUCAAAGCAUACUCUUGAUAUAAGGAGCCCUUGGGUGAAGCUCUCCUGCCCAGUAGCCUAGCUGAUCAGUUCUAUCUUGGCUGCCUGACACUAGUCAAGACCUGCUGGGGACAUCUACUUGGAGGUCAGAGGUAACACGAGAGCCAAGGGAAUGAAUCAUCUCCCUACACCUUCCCAGGCCUCUGAGCCUCCACCACCAACCCCCCACCAAAGUGAUAGUAUGGACUUCUAAAGAUCAAAAACACAGAGAAUUCCUGUGUGUCCUUUUGUUUCAGCGAAUAACACUUUACCUGUCCUGGGCUACACACCACCGAGGAGACCCAGCGUUUCUGCGGGGAGAAGUUGAGGCAUUCCCAAGCUUUAGAGAAAAGAUGUCAGGUGUGGGCUAGGCAGCAUUAUUUCACAUGGGUACUACUGCUCCUGGAGACAGCGCUUCUGGCCUUGGCCUUCCUGAGUCGGCUUCUGUUCAGGCCAGCAGGUGACGAAGUGCCUCCCUUCUCAGUCUGUCCUGCUGCUGAGACCAGCAGGCGCAAUCUCACAGCAAGAGUGAGUCUGAAGGCAUAAGCCAGAGAGAUCCCUGUGCCCACUGAGUGGCCUCCAAGCAUCAAACCCCAUCCUUGACGGCACCUGCCCUUUUGGCACUAAACAACCCAAACAUGUCCAUUUCUUGGAGCAACCAGCCUUCCCUCACUGGCCCAGGGUCGUGAUCCUGCAGGAGGUCAGCUUCUGUGCCCUAGAAAAGGGUUUAUUUUGGAAGAAUUCCUGCCUUCUUCCCUGUCUUCCACAGCUCCCAUCGGGCCCUGACCCUCAGCCCCUCUGCCAUCAUUUUAAACAGGACUUUAAUGAUGCGCCGACCUGGUUUUUUAUAGGAUGAGAUUGCCUUUUUUUUGUUUUUUACCCGCCCUCCAGACAGACAGCAUUGGAGGGCAGAGCUAUGAGGAGGGGAAGAAGCUCCCUGGUAAUUUACAGCUUUGUAAGCCGCUGAUGCUUGUCUCAGAACUGUUGGCUGAGAAUUAACCCAAGCAACAGCCCAGUGCCUGGGGUCUACCUAGUGGUGGAGAAUUUGAAACAAUCCCUAGGAAAGUGACCAGAAGUUGAGAAUGGUUUAAAUAAUCAGGAUGGGGUGGGGCAGAAGCAGAAGGGGACGGUGAGGCAAGGAAGGGGAUUAACCCUGGGCAGUGUUUUUAUAGACACAUAACAAGGAAGCACAUUCGCUUAAAAAAAAAAAAAAAAAGUAUAAAGGACCUUUUCAGCUGUGACCUUUAAGUACCACCUUUAUAGGUGGCAGUUUCCAUUAUGCAAAGACAGGGCUCUCGAGGUGAAAUCUUAGAACACAGCUUCACAUCUGCAGCCUCGUGGUUGUGGUGGCCACGUGGUGAGGGCCGGGAUGCUGAGCUUGGAGCCCAGGAGCAAGGAGCUCGCCAGGACUCUGCAGGAUCCCGGGCUUUGGGGUUUGAUCUCCUGGUGCUCAAAGUCAGAUCUCUUCUCCAUUCCUCAUAGCAACCACUAAGCCCAGGCUCUGGCUUCUGGUCCUGAGCUGGGGCCCGCCUCCAGAGAGGUCCCAGGAAGAACCCAGUCUCUUCUUUCUAUUGGGAUCCUUGUUAGGACUCAAAGCCUUCUGUUUAAGGCUCAUAAUUCCCAGCUAGGUUUAUACAUUUGUCUACAUUUUAUUGGAAGGGUGGGGAUUAAAAGAACUCUGUCGUUCAAGGCCCUUUCAUUUAACCUUCAAAAAAACAGCAAACUCAUUUUAAAGACUCAUUGCUCAGGUGAUAGAAACUUUAUCCUUUCUAACCUUUACAUUCUCCAAAACCAGCCCUGUGUACUUGACCGCCCCAGACAGCGGCGAGCUCUUCGGUUUCAUCAUGAAUGUGGAAGACCAGAGUAGGGAGGAGGCCUGGGUGGGGCUCAUGUUGGGUUUCUCACCCCCUCUGGAAUGACACUGGGUGACUUCUUGGUCCCCAAGAACAUGUGAUUGAUUCUGAGGGCAAAUUGCCAAUGGAGAACCAAGCCUCAGGCAGGCUCAGCUGUCCCAGCAGAAGCUGAGUCACAGAUGUGUGGUGGUGCCCGGCAGCCCCCGAUUCACCCGACACCAGAGUCCCGCUUUCCUAAACCUGCCUGUUCUUGAACACUUCUGAACCCGCAGCUUUGGCAAAAGGACUCUCCCAAGCUGCCUUUGGACGACCAACACUGGAGACUCUGGCCUUACCAUGUGGAAAUAGUUUUCCUGAAGUCUGGAACUAAUUUUGAGAAGUUUUUUUCUCAACACUUUUGUGUUUCUAACACUGUAUUCUUGACUGUGUAAAUACCGACAAGGCUGUAAAUAAAUGCAGAUGUAGAUACCUUCUAGAAAAAAAAAAAACGCAUAAAAACAAAACCAGAAGUGAUCCCGUGUAGCCUUCGUUGACAAAUAAAAGAAUAUUUUGUGUUUAA